AUGUCUCAAAUUGGAUUUCACGCUUUUCUUCCCGAUAAUAUACUAAAAAGUAAGGCAGGUAUCGUGGCUAAUUUAAACGACUAUUUUGAUGAAAUUCUAGAAAAUCUAGCUCAAGAUAUAAUAUUCGAUGGCUACGAUCCAGCAGAACUACCAGACGAAACCUUAAGCCUUCUUAUAUUAGGAAAAAUCACGAUUGAUAAAGGAUGGUUGCGUGAUUUGUCUACUAUAUCGAGAUAUAGAGAUAUUGAAUUAUCAUACAGUUCAGCUGAAAAAAAAUUGGAGCUGAAUUUCGCCAUUCAAUUUGAAUUUUUACAGUUCACUUACGACUAUGUUACUGAAUUACCUUUAAUGACGAUACGAGGAGAAGUAGAGGGAAAAGUGGAACAUGUAAAAAUAGAAUCGGCGCUUAGUUUUGAUUUCCACACGUAUCAUGUGGCACUUGAUUAUUUUAAUAUCAUGGACACAGGAAAAAUAUCCAUCAAAUUUUCGGGAGAAGGUUUGGUUGACUGGGUAACUAAUGCUAUGACCUCGGUUAUCACAACAUUUUUACACCCACUUAUACUUGGAAUAGUUCAAAACGUCACCAAAGGACCUUUACAAAAUUCAAUUGACGCAAUAAACGAAGCAAUAAAUAAUUUGAUAAACCAAUAA